UCAGGGCACGGCAGAGCCCAGGGCGUGUUGGGGUCGUGGGUGGCACCUGGUGCUCCUUGGGCCUCCCUUGGAAAGCUGAGAAGACCUCUCCACCCAGCUCGGGACUGCUGAGGGCUGGCUCUGAGGAGCCAUGAGCACAGAGGGCCCCAGCCCCCUCGCCUUCCUCACAGCUCCUGUCACUCCAGGGAGACCCAUGGAGGCAGGUGACCUCCUCCCCGUGCUCUUUGCCCUGGCCUGCAUCUUCUUCCUGCUGACCACCUGUCUGUUGUUCAUGAUCCUCUGCAAGUCUGCUGCAUUGGACCCGAGCCGCCGCCAGGCUCGCGAGUGCAUGCCCCACCACCCUGGGGAACCCAGCGAGCCCCGGCUCCGGCUCUGGAAGCGGCUGGGCUCCUUGCGCCGCUCCCUGCACAGCUUCCACCGUGGCCGGCUGGCCCCUCAACAACCCCUGCCAGACCACGAUGACAACCACAACUGUGACUAUACGGAAUCUACCAAGAUGUGAUGGGGUGUGCCGCCCCAUCCAGGAUCCAGCCCGGAUCCUCCUGCCUCGGACAGAGCCCUGCACCACAGGCUGCAGGAGGGCAGCGGCCCACAGAACCUGGGCCACAUGCUCACCCCGAGUGGUUCCCUAUGUGAGCAGGGCCAUGGCCUUUCCCAGAGAUGGCCCUGGAAGAAUACCUUCCUCUCUGCAGACCCUCUAGCUCUGUUGCUGAAGGAUUGCUGGACCAAUUACUGAGCGCCUGCAGCCAUCUGGACCCUUGGCCUGAGGUUCUAGAGGGUAUGACCUGGCAACCAGGCACCACCCACCUCCAGGGAGCAGUGCCCUGCUUCCCAGCAGAAGGCCUGCCCACCUCCACGUGCUAAAGCCCAGCUCGGACUCCAGUGCUGGUUGCUGAAUGGCCAAAGGUUCCCCCCCAGCCAAGUGGAAUACUCAGCCCACACUGGGUGCAAGGUACUGUCCCAAUCUCUGUGCCAACUCAUUGCCUGAGGCAAACUGGAACCCAGGGACACCUCUCCUCGGAUUUCCUGGCCCUGCCAGCAUUUGCCUAGUAAUCCAGGGGAGCAGCCAGCACGCUCGCUCUGGGCAGAUCUGAUACCUGGGUGUGUGCUGGAAGGAGGGGCGAGCAGCAGGCUCUCAAUACUGCCUGGCCAAUCAUGACCUUGGCGGCCAGCUUGGCAGCCCCCCUUCAAUGUACCCACGUCAGGAUGGAUCAUGAAUGGGUUAAGCUCCUUGCAGAGGCCAGGACCAGUGCUGUGUCAGAAUGGCAGGAGGCACUGCCAGCAGCUGGAGGUGAUGCCACCUGGGCUCUGAGGACACGCUAUAGUGGCUCCAUGCCUGGCCCAGGGAAGGAGGCGGCCUCCUCUCCUGUGGGAGGGUCCUGAGCUUUCCAGGGCAGCUACGGGAUCUCAGGCCUCGGCCACACUUGGUAUGCUGUGUUUUUGGCAAUUGCUUCAUUGACUGCCUACCUUUCAAAGCAAUCCCACCCUAGGAUGAGCUUCUUGGAAUCCCACUCCGUCAACCUUUCCUCCCAAGGCCAGGGCUAAACACUUUGGUUGGGUCCCAAAUUUGGAGAUUGGGCAGAGGGGAUCUGAGCUGCCUAGCUCCUGCCCCAGAGCGUCCACCGGCCAGGGCCACCUCGUGCCCCACCACAGGGCUGUCCCACGCCACCCUGCUGUGACCCAUAGUGCAGCUAGCCAAGUCUUCUCCGGGCUUUCCACUCUCCAGCUCCAAAACCUUCGUUGGCUCCCUACUGCUGGCUGGAUAAAGCCAGAACUCCUUAGUCUGGCCUUUGGCACCCAGUGGGAGCUGGCUCCAAACUAUCUGUCUAGCUUCAUCUUGACCCAAAACUCCAGGCACCUGAACCACCUGUCCUGGCCUGGCCGUGGGUUAUGCUUCACAUGGGGCACCCUCUGUGAAGCCCUUUUUGCUAUCCAGCUGACAGCCACCUCCUGCCUAGAACUGCCCCUCCCCGACACACCCCUCCGAGGGAGGACAUGGAUAACUUCCUCUUGGUGGUGUGGGUCAUCCUUGCCUGUGUCUUAUCCUUCCUACACGCCUGGGAGCUGGCAGAGAGCGAGACCGUGUCCAACCCCUCACUCCGCCUCACCAGCUCCGGGCACAGAAGUUUGGGGGCUCUGUUGACUGGGUGCAGGGUGGCCCAGUAUGGGGUGUCCCCACCCCUCCAAGCUGAAGGAGUCCUGGGGAGCCCUAUUCUUCCCUUGGAUGCCCCUACAGAGAUUUCUCUCCAAGCAGGCCCUGUUGGAGAGGCCACUGUGCCCUCCUUCCAGCACAACUGGACACCAGAGUGAGUCCAGCUUGGCCAGAAGCUUCCUUCAGUGCUUUGGAGAAGUUACCAGUGCCUGAAUUUCUCCCUGAGAAGAGGGGAGAAUGAGGGUUGCCCUGUAUUACUCACACGCUCUAGCAUUUCAGGCUGAGUGUUGUAUAAACAGAAACCAGUUCUUUGGGUUUAGAAAGUGGGGCAGGCCUCCUCCCACAGGGCUUUGUGACCCCUCCUGGCUAACCUGUUAACCUCUUCCUGGUUCCCUCCCCCAGGGCUCCCUGAGACAUCCCAGGAUGAACUCCACCUGCGGCCCGUCACCAUGUCAUCCCCUGGCUAGGGGGCUCUGCUUGCACUAGGUGUUCUCUUCCUGGAGACCAGGGGUGGGGGUGAGGCUGCCCUCAGGCCUGAAGGGGAGGAAAAGGCUGGAGAUGGGGAGGGGGCUCUCAAAGGUCUGGCCACAGCCCCAUGUCCACCUCCAGGGUGGUCCUGGGAGACCCACCAGGGAGCCAGCAGUGGCAGGUAUUAGGCGUUAGGCUGCGGGGAAACGGGACCACAGCUUUGGUGGUAGGGGUGCUCUCCAAGCCCCGGCAGCUGAGGCCCAGAGGCAAUGGACCUUCUGGCACCAGCCCCAGAUUCCUGCAGAUCCCCAUGGCUCCUGGACUCUCAGCAUCUCUCCUGCCCCUGUCCUGGCCCCAGUGCAGGGAGGUGGGCAAGCUCCCAGCCUCCCACUCUUCUGCCCGCCCAAACCCGGGAGCCUGCCCCAGUGGACAGGCCUAGAUUUGCUGCCUUUGGCUCAGCCUCCAAGUUGGAAAACCCUGCAGCUGGUGAAGAGGGGAAGUCAUUCCAGCUUCCCUCCCCAUCCAGCACUGAGGCUCCAGGGCAGGGUGGGGAGGGCAUCCAGCCUCAUUUUCAGGGCCUCCUUCUCUCCCUCCGAGCCUCAGCGCUGUCGCUCCUGCUCUCUGGGCAAAGGAACCUUUUCUUCUGGUGCCUGUUUACUGCCCAGGAGGGGAGCUUCGCCAAGUGCCCAUGAAAGCCGCUCUGUUCUGGGCCUCACUGGGCCCUGGCUCUCUCCCCUCAACUCCUUUCUGGGAAAAUGUGACAUCUCUAGCUCCUCCCUGCUCUGGAAGGCCCUUCUGGGUGGGGUUGGGGAUGAGGAGAGAGCUGUGGGGGAGAGGGGAAGGGGCAGCCAAGGCCUCCCUUCUGUUUUUUUGGGGAGCCAGACCCUGUUUGACUACAAAACCUGGAGCCUACUCUCCCCAGGAGGGAGGAGGGAGCCUGGGUCCCCCUCUCCCCACAGCACUGGCUACUUCCAGAGCAGGAGCUGGACCCUCUCCUGUUUCCAUCCCGCCCUGACACAAUGCUACCCAGCGUGUGUGCACUCAGAGCCCAGUGUGGUCCUACUUGCCCCCAGCCUGCCACCUGCCCCAGGGGGCCACGGCCACCUGCCUGCACGAUGCUGUGGCCCUCAGGGAUGUCCUCGGGGACGCUGGCCUCGUAGCUGCUCUGCAGAAAGAUGGGCCGAUUGUCGUUCACAUCCAGGACAGUGAUGAACACAGUGGCUGUGCCCGUGCGCCUCUUGCCUACGGGGCCGUUGUCUGUGGGACGUGAAGGAGGACGGGUUAGCAGCUGCCUGAGGGGAAAUUCCCUGGGCAUGUGCGCUGUCACUCCCCACCCUGGCCUCUGCAAGGUGGCUGUUUUUCUUCUCAGAUUAGGAAUCACACCAGCAAUAUCUAAUAUGUCCCAGGCACAUUCUGACUCAUUUAGUCCUCACAACAAGCCUGUGAAGUAGGAACUGUUAUUAUUACCCCUUUUUACAGAGGAGGAAACUGAGGCAUGAAGUGGGUUGAAUAGGGGCCCCUAAAAUAUACAUAUAUAUAUAUAUAUAUAUAUAUAUAUAUAUAUAUAUAUACCCAUGUUGAAUCCCUGGGAACCUGUGAAUGUAAACCUAUUGGGAAAAAGGGUUUUUGAAGAAGUAAUUAAGCUAAGGGUCUUGAGAUGCGGUAUCCUGGAUUAUGUGGGUGGGCCAUAAAUCCAGUGACAAGGGUCCUUAUAAGAGAACGGCAGAGGGAGACCUGACACAGAGAGGAGGCCUUGUAAGGUUAAGGCAGAGACUGGAGUUCUCCAGCCGUGAGCCAAGUGGUCAAGGACAGAUUCUUCCCAAGAGCCUUUGCAGGAGACAUGGCCCGCUGACACCUUCAUUUUGAACUUCUGGCCUCCAGAGCCAUGAGAGAAGAAAUUUUCAUUCUUUUAAGCCACCAAGUUUGUGGUAACUUGUUGUAGCAGCCCAGGAAACAGACACAGGUGCUGAGGUGACAAACCCAACUGCUGCUGGUGCAGGGGGGGUAAGGUCCACGUGGCACACCUGGCAGCCCGCCUCACGGGGCCACUGUCCUCUGCUCCCGUCCACAGGAGACAGGCACAAGGUGGGCCCAGUGACACGAGAGCUUCUGAUUUCUCAAGAGAAAUUGAAUAUCUGAGGUUUUAAAUAAAAUCUCCUGAUUUUUAAAUGUUCACAA